AUGGGUUCUGCUCAAUUUCUCGAACAGAUUCUUAUAGUCACAGUUUUUCUAUUGCUAUACAGAAACGUUCUAGGCCAAGGAGGGACUCCAUCUGUUGAUCCUGAUGAGAAGAAUGCCCUUUAUGUUCUCAAGUCUAUAUUUAACGACUCUAUUCUAAAUGAAAGCUGGAAGGGUGAUCCUUGCGAUCUUGCUUACCCUUGGUAUGGCAUUCAGUGUUCCACUAAGGGUCAUAUUAUUGGAAUAGAGUUGAACGAUAUGGGGCUAAGCUGGAAAGUCGAUGUUAAUGAAUUCAUGAACUUCCCUAAGUUGAUUAUCCUUAGCUUCCAGAACAAUUCUCUAUGGGGAAAUGUAAUGAAUUUCUCCUUCAAUCACAAGAUGAAGAUUAUUAAUCUAUCAGGCAACAACUUUAACCAAUCUAGCAUACUAUUUUUCAAUGUCUCAAACAACAGUCUCACUGGUUCAAUCCCAAAAACUCAAACUCUCCAAUCAUUUGGCUCUGAUUCAUAUUCUGGUAAUCCUGGGUUGUAUGGUCCACCCUUAACGGCUACCAGCCGCUCUAUAAAUGGCACGGGAGAGCCAACUUCUGGAAAUUCUCCCCCAAACUCAAAUGGAGAUAUCUUUAAGAAUAUCUUUCUUGUUUUCGUUGUUCUCCUUCUAGUAGCUGUGAUUUUACUACUAAUUCUGUACUGCCAAAAAGCUCAGAUGGUAAAAAAGAUAUUGAAGAAGCAAACAAAUUAAGAAGAAGCCGGGGAAGUUGAAAAGAUUAUAGAGGCAGCAGAGAGGAGCAUUGUUGUGGCAGCUGAAGAGAGCAGGAACCUCGUAUUCAUGGAGGAUGAACCGGCUUUUGAAAUCCGUGAUGUUCUAAGAGCUUCUGCUGAGGGAUUGGGCAGUGGGAUUUUCGGGAAUAGUUAUAAGGCUAACGUAAGUGGUGGACCAAGCGUUGUGGUGAAGAGGCUAAGGGAUUUGAAACCACUAACUAGUGAGGAAUUCAAAAAGCAAUUGCGAAUGAUUGGAGAUAUGAAGCACCCAAAUCUGCUUCCCCUCCUUGCCUACUACUACUCCAACGAGGAGAAGUUUUUGUUGUAUAACUACGCAGCGAAAGGAAAUUUGUUUGAUCGCAUACGUGGUGAAGAGAGAGGUGGAGAUCGAAUUCCAUUCAGAUGGGAUGCGAGAUUAUCAGUUGCUCGAGCCUUGGAAUAUCUGCACCUCAACACCAAGAGCCAAAGCAUAGUUCCCCAUGGCAACUUGAAAUCAUCGAAUACUCUGUUCGAUGAAAAUGACAAGGUUCUCGUUUCUGACUACGGCCUUGCUUCACUACUUGCACUUCCCAUUGCAAUUCAACAUAUGGUAUCAUACAAAUCACCUGAAUAUAGAAACAAAAGAAAAGUUUCAAAACAAUCUGAUGUUUGGAGUUAUGGCUGCCUCCUUUUAGAACUAUUUGCUCCACAAAGCCCAACACUAUUGACAAGAAAGAUCUCAGCAAGGACAACUCCACCGGGUGUCAAUGGCAUCGUGGAUCUCAGUAAUUGGGUUCAUCGUGCUCUCAGGGAAGAAUGGACAACUAAAGUAUUUGACCUCAAGAUAUCUAUGCAAAGAAACGCAGUUCCAAGGAUGCUAAGACUUCUACAAAUUGCAAUGCAGUGCUGUGAUAAUACACCAAAGGAGCAUCCUGAGAUGACACAAGUGGCGAGAGAGGUAGAAAAUAUUAAGGUUCCUGAAUCAAGGGAUGAAAAUGACGGAUUGUUGGAUCGGUCAUUCGAAGAUGGUUCUUUAUCAACCUCUGGAACUAGAGAAGAGAAAUGA